UGCUGGCAACGAAGCAAAGUGUAAACGGCCGUAUGCAGAGAAAACUACCACCAUCGUGUAUACCGAUGUACCUAUUGCGUGGAGUUUUUGUAUUUAUAAUUUUGGGUUGUCUCUUCUUGCUGGCAAUUGUACAAAUAAUUUUACGUCGAGCGAUGGCAAAAUAAAAAUUCGAAGUUGAAAGCAAACGUCAGUACCUCGAGAGCGUUCAGCGAGUACAAGUCAUUCGUUUACAAAUAAUCUAGUGUGAAAACAUAUAGCAUUCGUGCAUUGAGUUUUGUAUUAAAUUACGCACGUACUCGUAUUGAAAAUAUUCGAAGUACUAUAAAAAUAUACAAAUGAAUAUAUAAAUUAGUGGUUUUCAAUAUUAUAUGGAAAAAUACUUGUGAGCAAAUUGUGUUUAAAGUGCUUGGAAAAACUUGUAACCAUAGUGGCAUAAAAAGCACAAAAGCAACGAGUAAACUUUUGACAUUUCGUGUUGUUGCUUAGUGAGAGCAGCGCAAGCACAUAAGAGCAAACAAAGAGACGUAGUGUAGUGGAGCUACAGAUAUACUGUGCUUACUGUGGGCGACCUGCAAGUGGGGGCGAUUUCUUGGGAAAAUAUUUUAAAGUAAUAUUUUCUGAAAAACUUUAUGAAGUGACAAUAAAUUGUUAAAAAUCAAUAUAAACUAUUAAUAACUUGCUACAAACGCUAGUGUCUACAGUGCAUAGCAGUGGGUGCAGGUUAGGUGGAGCUGGUUGAUCAACGAAACUGUACCCCAAAGUGAUUCGCACCGAUUGGGCAGUGUAAUAGUGUGGAAGAAUCAUCGUAUAAAAAACAGAAGUGGGGAAAUCAACAAGUUUUGGCGCGAAAACUUUUGACAAGUAGCAAGUAUUUUGGCAUUGGAGACUGAAAACUUGCAGCAACAACACAACGUGGUUGAGGGAAUUGCUGAAAAACACUCAGUUGAAUAAAACAACGUCAUUGGCAAUUUGUAGGAAUUAUUGAAUUUUACUUUGUAUUGCUUUGCAUAAUUAAGCAAAAUAAAGAAUACAAAAAAUUCACAAAAAAUAAACGCUGAUUUCAAGGUUAAGUGUUGUUGCAUGCAUUUUGUUGCGAAAAAACAUAACAAUAAAGCAAUUGCGAAGCAAUAAUCAAAGGAAGUGUUUGCGAAAGACAAUCGGCAGCGCUAAUAAUUAUAUUUCUGUGACAUUUAUUGUUUGUUAAGCAAUAUUUCAACAAGUAUUAUAAGUGAUGACUGCUGCACGUGUAAUAAAUCCAGUGAUUUUAACCGAAUUCUGUAAGCUGCGCGCUAGCCCGAGUGCCAUGGGACGUAAUAUGACCUGUAAUCGCCAGUUGAACCGCAUUAAGCGUGAUCUCUUUGGACCAGCCAACCCGGUGGAAACACAAAAAACCUUCGCCGAGGAAUUGGACAAACAACAAGAUCGUGCUAUAAAAAAAUGGGGUUUUGACUUCCGCAACGGCUCGCCACUCACCACAAAUACACAAUUCGUUUGGGAGCGUAUUUCCUAUCAGGAAUCCAAUCGCGCACCCGAAGUCUACACGCUGACGCGUGCUGCACAUGUACGUCCCGCACCGGUUGUGCCGUCAAAUGCCGAUCUACUAAUGGACGAACGGGCCGAACGUGAAAAUUACAUGAUGAACACAUCAACAUCGACCGACACAGAUUCCUGCGGCGAUUAUGACUCACAGGAUGAGUCGUUGGUGUUCAAAGUACCCGGCACCGAAAAUUGCGGCAGCAAUAAGCGUCCGCAUGAUGGCAAUGCUGCUGGCAGAUCGCCACUGCGCAAGCGUCAACCGAAAAUUACAGAGUACAUGAAGGAGCGCAAACGCCUCGCCCAAACGCCGAAAAAGGUCUCACCCGCCAAGCGUGCGCGCACCAGCUCGGGCAGCAGCAGCUCAGGACCCAGCCACAGUACGCAUGCGUACAGCAUUAGCGCGCAUUUCUCACUGCAGCGAAGUUUGCAACGCAAUAAUUAAUGCCGCAAACGGCGACUUGCAAAUUUUCCAACCUUAAAUCUAAUAUAAUUAGUAUAUAAUUAACUAUAUACCAGCUUAUACAUACAUAUAUAUAAAUAAUUAGUGUAGCUAACUAUAUAUAAAUAGCUAUUAAUUACACAUAAAUGCGUAAAUAUAUAUAUACAUAUAUUUCAUAGUGUAUAUUGAAUUGCGUACAUUUGUAAACUAGUUUCACCCAUUAGUUGUGUAAGUAAUUUUUUUUUAAUUUUAAUUUUUUCUAUUAAAACUUUUUGUUUUAAUUUCUUUAAAUUUAAUUAUUGUUGUAACAUUUCAAAAUCAAGCCAUACAAAUUGUAGAUUAAUUGUUAAGUCAGCGCACGUAAGAUGCCAAAUGUCAAAAUGUACGGUUAUAUUUGAAGCUAAACGGUUACAAAACGGUUUUUUGAUCGGUUUUGGCAAAAACUAGCGCUUCAAGUUAACUGUGCUAUUUUUUCUAGCAAAAAGGUUUAAAAUUUAAAAGAUUCGAAAAUUUUCCUUAUACUUAAGCAGAGAAACGCAAAUUUCUUUGAAAUAACUGUUUAUAUAUGCACAUAUAGACUAAUAAGUUUUGUAAGACGAACAAAAAAUCAAUAACUAACAACUAAGCUAAAUUUGAAAACGAAAAUUUAUACUGUAAGUUGUACGAAAGUGGCAAUAACAUUUAUAAAUUUACAACAAAAUUUAAAACAAACAAAAAAAUUGAACAAAUCGCACAUAUACACACCUAUACAUAUAUAACUUUAUGCCAAAAUUGAAAACUUAACUAAUAAGCUAAAUCCUAUAAGCACACAUGAUCAUGAAUAUGAAUUGUAAAUAAUUUAAGUUUCAAAAUAUUGCAUUACACUUUCGAAAAUGUCAAAUUUUAGCAGCAAAGCAAGAUUUGACAUUUUAAAAACUGUAAUGCAAGCAGCAAAAUUUCAUUUAACUGUUAAAAAUCACGCUCGGCAUUGUUUGGCCGUUCGUGCACAGGUUCAACGCAAAAUUUACCGUUUUUUGUACCGUUUUUACUGUAAAUGAAAAAGCGCUAACUUUUGCGCCUAAACUGUGCCUCGGCAGCUGUAAAGAGUUGAAAAGUCGCCAAAAUAUUUUCAAAAGCGUUUACAAAUUGUCACCAAAUUUCAAAAACGCAAAUUUUUCAAACAUUGCCUGAAACGUGAUUUUUAAAAACUUGUUAACUUACUUUUCCAAAGUCAUCUAACUUAACUAUACGCCUUAAACGAAGUACAAAUUGUAAAAAUUAUUAACUUUCUUGAGUACAAAUUCAUUUUCGUUCGAAAAAACGCACAACUUUUGGGUAUUGUACAAUUCGAGUUGUUUGCAAAAAAGUGCAAAAAAAUAUUUAGUUUAAUUAUUAAUAAAAAAUUAACACAGUUAAAAUUCAACACACUUUGAACUCACUACGGAUAAAAUUCACACAAAACAAAACAAUUAAAACUGACCACACUUAGAACUCACCACAGUUAAAACCCACCACAGUUAAAACUCACCACAGUCAAAAUUAAUCAAAUUCUAAAUUUGUCACAA